CUUACUUGUUUCAUCAGAGUAAAAGGCCAGGCAACAGCACCACCGGUUCAAACUCGCUCAGGUUAGUUUGUGGGAGAGCAGAGCAAAGAGGAGAGAGCUGUUUCCCAUUUGGAUUCUGAAGUUGCAAAGCAGUGUACUCUGACAAGCAAGAGGGAGGAGGGAAAGGCAGGAAAAGCUUGGAGUGAGUCGUGUUCAAACAUUGCUGGGACUAGUGGGAGGGGAAGAAAGGAGUCGGCAAGCUAGACAGACAGGAGUGCUUCCAAUGGUGCUAAUGACUGAUCUACAGCAUGAUGGGGAAGAACUGAAGCCUGUCAGGGUGACCAGCAGAAAAGAAAAACCUGCCUUAAUCCUUUCAGAGAGUGAAAAUGGAACAGAAGAAAGGAAGAAAUCUGGCAAACCAUCCCCUCGAUUGUCACAGAUAUCAUCUACUGAUGCUGAAUAUUUUGAACACCAGAGGAAAAUUUCAAUUUCGAGGUCAAAGACUGUUGUUGAUAAUACCUUCUUUGCAAUUGAUGGCAAAAAUGACUCAAAGCCUGAAAGAAAGAAGCAUGCUUCAAAUCAGUUUAAAGCAAAUGCUCACUUUCACAAGCUGUUUCUGGAUGUCCCAAUUGAUGAACCUUUGAGACAAAAUUUCACCUGUGCCUUACAAAAAGAAAUCUUGUACCAAGGGAAGCUUUUCAUUUCGGAGAAUUGGAUUUGCUUCCAUUCAAAGGUCUUUGGCAAAGAUACUAAAAUAACCAUACCUGUCCACUCUGUCACACUAAUAAAGAAAACUAGAACUGCCCUUCUUGUGCCAAAUGCUUUGGUUAUAACAACUGUUUCUGAUAGGUACAUAUUCGUCUCUUUUCUGUCCAGAGAUACAGCUUAUAAGCUAUUAAAAUCUGUUUGCCGGCAUCUAGAGGAUUUCAGUGUUGGCAACAGUCCCAAUCCUUCUUCUCCAGAAAACAGUUUCAGGGGUGAUCGCCCUACAACUUUACCUCUGGAUUUCAAUGAAGACUUUUCUGAACUAGAUGGCAUCAUCCACCAACGCAGGCAGGAGAUGGAAGAAUCCAGUAGCACUGGCUCGCAGACUCCAGAACUGGAACAUUUCCAAGAUUAUCACCUGGUUGGCAGCCAAGCUCAUCUGAGAGCAUCCCAGGUGGAGACAAAUGCGCUCCAUGCAGAUGGACAGUCUAAACAUUUGUGUGAUGAUAAAGUCAGGAAUGCUUCAAGAAAAGUUCCAUCUGGCAUCCUUGGAUAUUUCCAUCAAUGGAAUUACCAAACAUUGUUGUCUACGAACCACAUACUUAUUCUCUAUGCAGUUCUGGUUUGUGCACUCGUUUUCUCCACAUUCUAUAUGAGAUACAAAAUCCACAUUCUGGAAGACCAACUUGGCUCCAUGACUUCCUUCAGGGAUUCAUAUAUUAAUGAACAUCCAGUACCGGAAGGCUUGGCAUCCUAUCUGCACCUUAACGCUGAUGGUCUUUGCGAAGAACUGACAGCUAAUCUUAUCAAACUAGAAAAGAUACAGAGCAAUUUACAAAGACUCCUUGAUGACAAAGAAUGAAUUGCCUGUUCCCUUUGGACUAUCUUAUUCCUCCUUCUGUUUUAUUCUCAUGAUGAACAACUCCGAAGGUGGCUUCAGCUUUUGUGUCCCAGAGUGUGUAUGUACUUCAG